AUGCCACCAAAGCGCAAAGCAACUACCAACUUCAAUCUGAAAUCCUCUAAAAGGGCAGCUCAGGAGUCGACCUCGGGUACACCUCAAAGCUUGAGCAGCGAUGAUGAGUAUUCAGGUGGCUCUGUUGCCAGCGAAGGUGAAACAGAAAAGCUGAAGCAAGCUCGCGAAAGAUUUUCUGUGCAUUCAACUCAAAGGAAGAACAAAGACUCUUCGAAAAAUCUGGACAGAGAAGUGAGGCAGAGCGGCUUGAGCAACCUCUCAUAUUUGCCCUUGAAAUUUGAUCAUCCGAAUCGUCCACUUUGGGUGGAUGCCAAUAAAGCCAAAAUCACACUCGAGAGCUGGUCCACCAUAGCGCCCCAGGCUCAAGAUUUUUUAACCACCAUCGCCGAGCCCCUGUCUCGACCCGAACACUUGCAUGAGUACGCCCUCACUGUCCACAGCCUCUACGCUGCUGUGUCAGUUGGCCUCAUCCCUCAAGACAUCAUCAAUUUUCUUGAUCGAAUGUCAAAAACCCCUCUACCUCACGAGAUAAGAACGUUCAUUCUAGAGUGCACGAAGGCAUUUGGAAAAGUCAAAUUGGUGCUGAAAGACAAUCGCUAUUUUCUGGAGACACCAGAUAACAAAGUCCUCCAAAAACUCCUACAAGAUCCAAUCAUUAGUUCCCAGCGUCUGGAUCAGAAUGAUGUCAUCACUGAGAAAGCACCCCAAGUGGGCGGACUCGUGAUCCCUGGCACCAAGGAUGCCGCUGGGCUCAAGCAGCAGUCUGGCCCUCAACAGGAUAAAUUUGCCAUCGAAGGCCCCCAGGACGUGGCGAAUCGCGAGACUCAGCUAUUGGAUGCAAUUCGCGUCGAUGAUGACGAUGACGACGAGGAAGAGGAAAUCAGCGUUCACUCUAUCGAGAUCCCCAGAGAUAAUGUCGAGACGGUGCAAAAACGGUGCCUUGAGAUGGAAUAUCCUGUACUAGAGGAAUAUGAUUUCAAGAAUGACAACGACAACCCUAAUUUAGAUAUCGAUUUAAAACCUAGUACCACCAUUCGAAAUUAUCAGGAGAAAAGCCUGAGCAAGAUGUUCAGCAACGGUCGCGCAAGAAGCGGGAUUAUUGUCCUGCCUUGUGGAGCAGGCAAAACCCUUGUCGGAAUUACCGCUGCAUGUACAAUCAGAAAAGGCAUUGUCAUCCUGUGCACAAGCUCGAUGUCCGUCGUGCAGUGGAGAAAUGAGUUUCUGAAGUGGUCGAACAUCAGUCCCAAUGAUAUAGCAAUCUUUACAUCGGACCAUAAAGAGAAAUUCUCUCGAAACACGGGCAUCAUUGUCUCGACAUAUUCUAUGGUAACCCAGACAGUGAGACGAUCGCAUGACUCGGCGAAGAUGAUGGAUUUCAUGAAAAGCCGCGAGUGGGGUUUGAUGAUUCUCGAUGAAGUACAUGUGGUUCCCGCCUCGAUUUUUAGGAGGGUUACCCACGCAAUUGCAACUCAUUCCAAGCUUGGCCUAACGGCGACUUUGCUUAGAGAAGAUGACAAAAUCAAAGAUCUCAAUUUUUUGAUCGGGCCCAAGCUCUAUGAGGCUAAUUGGAUGGAGCUUGCCGAUCAAGGGCAUAUUGCUAAGGUGCAAUGCGCUGAAGUGUGGUGCCCCAUGACUACAGAGUUCUACCAGGAGUAUCUGCGAGAAAAGUCGAAAAAGAGACAAUUGCUUUAUAUAAUGAACCCUCGUAAGUUUCAAGCCUGCCAAUUUCUCAUCGACUAUCACGAAAGACGAGGCGACAAAGUGAUUGUAUUUUCGGACAACGUCUUUGCGCUGAAAGCCUAUGCUUUGAAACUAAAGAAAUUCUACAUCUAUGGUGGCACUCCUCAGACAGAGCGUUUACGUGUCUUGGAAAAUUUUCAACACAGCGAACUGGUCAACACAGUGUUUCUCUCCAAAAUUGGGGACACCUCGCUGGAUUUGCCGGAGGCAACUUGCUUGAUUCAAAUCUCCUCUCAUUACGGCUCUCGAAGGCAGGAGGCCCAAAGGCUUGGCAGAAUACUUCGAGCCAAGCGAAGAAAUGACGAAGGCUUCAAUGCAUUCUUUUACUCCCUAGUUUCCAAAGAUACUCAGGAGAUGUAUUACUCGUCAAAACGUCAAGCCUUCCUUGUAGACCAAGGAUACGCUUUUAAGGUCAUCACUCAUCUACAGGGAAUCGAGAACCUAUCCAAUCUGGCGUACUCGUCACCUGCUGAACGGCGGGAACUGCUACAGGAGGUCAUGUUGCAGAACGAGACUGCUGCUGAAGCCGAGAGCAUUGACGACGACCCUUGGUCCCGCUUCACCAACAAAGACAAUGGAAAACACAAGUCACUAAAUGCGGCAAAGAAAGGAGCCAAGCGAACGGCUGGCAUGCUUAGUGACCUCAGUGGAGGCCAAGACAUGGCAUAUAUCGAAUACAACAAGAGCCGUAACAAGGAGCUUAAGGGAAAGUCAAACCCACUUUUCAGAAAAUUCGCCAAAGAGCAACAAAAACGAAAGAAAGAGAGGCUCGAUAUGCAAUGA